AUGGAUUACCUAGAGCAUCUCAAGUGGACUUCGGGUUCGCUGUGUCUUGGUUCUACCCUCAUAGCCGGCUCGAUAUGGAUCGUCUACCAGCACUUAUGCGCUUCCAAUACAGGCGCAGAUUAUGCUUCACGAGUUGACCACAUACUGAGCACUACACCACUAGUUGACGGCCAUAAUGACUUGCCAUACCUGCUUCGCGUCGAGCUACAGAAUAAAAUCUACUCUGACAGGUUUGCCUUUCGUGAUGGCCUAGCCAGUCACACUGAUCUCAAACGUCUGCAACAGGGCCGGGUUGGAGCUCAAUUUUGGUCUAUUUUCGUUGAAUGCCCAGACACGCAGAAAAUUGAUGAUCCGAGCCAUGUUGUGCGCGACACACUUGAGCAAAUAGAUGUAGCUCGUCGUUUUAUUGAUAUGACUCCCGAGCUCAAAUUUUGCUCGACAGUUUCUGAAGCUGUGAAGGCUUUCAAAUCUGGCAAAAUAUCAUCUAUGUUGGGCGCAGAAGGUCUGCACCAAACUGGAUCAUCAAUCGCAGUGAUCCGUCAGCUAUGGGAUGCAGGGGUUCGAUACAUUACAGUUACUCACAAUAGUGACAAUGCCUAUGCAACCGCAGCAGCUACUGUGACUAUGUCUAACUCAGGUGAAGAUGCAGGCCUGUCGUCCUUUGGAGCAUUGGCAAUCCGUGAAAUGAAUCGGCUUGGUAUGAUGGUAGAUUUAUCUCAUGCGUCGCAUCAGACCAUGAGGCAAGUCUUGGAAAUUGCUCGAUCGCCCGUCAUUUUUAGCCAUAGCACCUGCUACGCCAUAUCCAAAAAUUAUCGCAACGUGCCAGAUGAUGUGAUCAGAUCGUUAAAGACCAACGGAGGAGUCUUGAUGGUGAUGUUUGUCAAACGGUUUCUCAACGCGAGGGACCCCGAUUCUGCCGAUAUCGAGACCAUCGUUGAUCAUGUCAUGCAUAUUGUGGAGCUUUCUGGCUGGGACCAUGUUGGAAUUGGAGGUGAUUUUGACGGGACAGUAACCUUAGCUAACGGCAUCCACUCCGUCGCCGAUUAUCCCAAGCUGAUAGAGGCGGUGAUGCGAAGAGGGGCCACAGAUUUACAGGUGAAGAAAAUGGUUGGUCAGAAUAUUUUGAGAGCUUGGAGAGAGAACGAACGGAACGCUCAGAACUUUGUGAAUGAGAAGCCGAUCGAGGAUGUUUGGGAAGGGCGGAGUUGGUCAAGGUGGAAUAACCCAUUACCAAAUAUGAUUCCUAAUAAUCCUGAUCGUUUACCCGCUCAAGACUAUCCAUGA